CACCCAUUCUCGAUUUCCUGGCUGUACGAGAAACGGCUUGCCCACGCAGUCAGACCGUGUAACUACACGGGCUGUAGCUACCAUUCCCAUGGCGAAACCGGUCUCAUCAAAAUUCCAGAUAUCUUGAUCAAGAAUGCCAUACUCCUUCUUUGCGGCUUUAACACGGUCAAACCAUUCAGUUAA